GCUAGCGGAACAGAACAGACACCGAGCAUUUAAAUCUAUUUGACUAUGACUCAUAUUUACUCAACGUUAAAGUUGUAUUCUCUAAAAUCGAAUACAUUAUUCUCAAGGACUUAUACACUAUUCUAUAAAAUCUACGAACGUUUCAGUGUUGUGUGUCAGUGACAUUAAAAUUGUCUGCAUGCGUUACCAGAAAGAUAUUUGCACUACAACCAGAACAGCAACAGAAAAAGCAACGGAAGAAACUGUCAAUGUCAACUAUGUGGAGAGACAGUAUUUUGCUUUCAGGACUUAUACUUCUAUACAUUUCUGAUAUAAAUGGUCAGUCAUGUAAUGGACGUUGUGGUGAAACAUUUGAAAUGUGCUCUUGCCGUGCUGCAUGUGAGUCUUUACUGAGCUGCUGUGGAGACUACAGAGAGUCCUGUAUCCAGAUCUCCCCCUACUCGGGAACCAUGAUGGGGGGAACAGUCUUCUCUAUCCUCAAUGCCAGUUUCUACUCCAGCAAACAAGAGCAGCUAACCUGCAGGUUCAGGGGUGAGAUUGAGACAGUGGGUUUUACUGACGGAGAAGGCCAGGGUUACUGUGUCUCUCCCUUACUGUUUCAGAGUGGGUGGGUUCCGUUCGAGGUUUCCACGGAUGGACAGACCUACAACAGGUCUGGAGAAUUCCUGUCCGUCCAUCCCAGUAAAAUGGAUGCUGCAUUUAAGGUGACGUUGGUGAAUUCAACACAGUGGCAAUACUAUGGCACACCGAAUGCCACUGGAACACUGAGGAUGACAUGGAACCCUUCUUUGGUUGGAGCAGAGACAGUCAACAUAGAACUGUGGGGGUAUAAUGAGGUCAAUACCACUACUACUGUUGCUACGGGGGAGGAGGCGUCAGCCCCCCUGAGGGCAGAAUGGACCUACCUGUACUCUUUGGAUAGAGGCGUGGUCAACAGUGGCAGUUUCAGCUUCACCCCCAAGCCUUCGCAGAAACCAUACUCUGACUGGGAGAUGGGCAGCGUCCGAGUGAGCUCCAGUAAUUACUCAGAGGGAGCCAGGAAUGUUCAGGCUGUAUGGAGUGGGGCCCACGCCCUGGCCUGGCAUCUCGAGGAGACCUUCAGGCAGGAUUCAGCAGGCUGGGCCCUGGACCGGUGUCUGUCCUGGGAUGCCCAGGAGAAAAACCUCCCCAACUUCCUGGAAGAGAUUGUGGACUGUCCCUGUACCUUGGCACAGGCCCGCGCGGACACUGGCAGGUUCCAUACUGACUACGGCUGUGACAUUGAGAAGGGAAGCGUUUGCACCUACCACCCGGGUGCUGUCCACUGUGUCCGAGCCAUACAAGCCAGCCCAAAGUUCGGAGCUGGUCAGCAGUGUUGCUAUGACCACACAGGGGCCCAGGUUCUGACAGGAGACUCGAUUGGAGGCAGCACCCCAGAUCGGGCCCACGACUGGGGCUCUCCUCCUUACGGAUCCCCCCCUCGGAUCCCUGGCCUCUCCCACUGGAAGUAUGACGUCCUGACCUUCUACUACUGCUGUCUGUGGUCGGACAACUGUCACAUCUACUUCCGCCACAGACCCUCCAGUGGCUGUGGAGCCUACAAUCCACCAAGAGCUGGUGCUGUCCUGGGGGACCCCCAUUUUGUAACGUUUGACGGCCUGAGCUACACCUUCAAUGGGAAAGGAGAGUACUAUUUGGUCCAGUCCCCGGAAAGAGGGCUGAUUGUUCAGGGCCGAACAGAGCAGGUGAUGCUAGAGAACGGUACCUUAGCCAAGGCUACUAGACUAUCAGCCGUGGCUAUGAGGGAGAAUACCUCUGAUGUCAUAGAGGUGCGCCAGGUUCAGCAGCAGGGCCAUCUAGAGGUGUUGAGGAACCAGCAGGUACUUUCCUUCACAGAACAGACAUGGAUGGACCUGCAUGGUGUUUUCCUUUACUCCCCAACAACCCAGAACGUGACCGUCAUGUUCUCCUCGGGGGUAGGGGUAGAGGUGAGGGGGCGAGAGGGAGGUGCAAUUGCCCUCACUGUGUUGCUCCCCUCAGACUAUGCCAACCUCACACAGGGUCUGCUGGGACAGAUGAACUCUGAUCCUUCGGAUGACCUACUGACCAGCAUGGAUGAGGUCGUCUCUCCUGAUAAAGCCAGUCCUGAGGAUAUAUUUAACUUUGGAGCUGGAUGGAAAACAUCCAAUGAGACGUCUCUGUUCACCUACGACAGUAAGCAUCUGUUGGACACGUACUACUAUGUGAAACAUGACCCAGGCUUCGUCCCGGCCUUCUCUGUGGUGGAAGACCCCAGGGAUCCCUUGGUGCUGGAUAUGCUGAACAUGUGCUUCGGUGAGGGGGCCCUGUUCUGCAAGUACGACACCUUGAUCACCCGUAGUCUGGCUGUGGGCAACUCCACCUUGAUGUCCUUCCAGAGUCACGAGGCCCUCCUGCAUGACCUGCUGCCUGUGGUGUCCUGUGAUUGGCUGGCCACUCCAAGGAACGGUGAAAAGGAAGGGACGCGAUACCUAGAGGGGGCGAUAGUGAGUUUUUCCUGUAAGAGUGGCUACGGUCUCUUUGGUUCUACUGAACGAACAUGCCUGCCCAGUGGAGAGUGGAGCGGAGAUGAAACCUACUGCCUAUCUGAAAACCUCCUGGGACUAGUGUUGGGUACCGUGUUCUCCAUUGCUACCCUGAUCACUAUGUGGGUAAUGAUCAGCCUACACUACAGGAAACAGAACAGAACAAGACAGAACAGAAUGGAAGCAAAGGUGAUUUUUGAACAAAGUUGAUGUCCCUCUACUGUCUAUCUCUGGACCUGAUGAAUUUUGAAUGAACCCACCACUAAUUCAUCCUCAGGCAGACAUCAAUAUGUGUAGAUGCACGUUUAAUUAAAUGUUGACAUUGUUUUUUUUUUACAUUGGAAUAAGGAUGAUGAAUUGUUUUAACUGAUAGAAAUAACGGUCUGUAAAUGAAAGCUUCAAUGGCAGACCUGCACGAUUUUUUCACUCCUUCUGGAGUUUGGACUAAGUGUUGUUCAUUUUGCUGGAAUCGAUAUGUAAAUACUUUAUGAUAGCAUCUAUGUACAACUCCCUUUACCAAAUCACACUUCCUUGGUUCCAUUUCUAUCAAUAUUCUUAUAUGGAGUGUGGAGUUAAAAUAAUCUCUUGAUCAUUUUAAGGUUGAACGGCUUUUGCCAGUUCUGUAGCUCACCAGUGGGCUUUGAUUAUUUGUUAAUUUAAUUCAUUGGUUUGAAAAAAAGCAUUCACAAGAACAUUUCAUCAAUGGUUUUGCCAAUUGCACUAAUGCAGCGCUCAUGCUUUUUCCAUCUUUAAUGAAGGAAAAACAUAUACAAUUGUGAAAGUAGGCUGUGAUCUAGAGCAAAUUGUCUCAGUGCCUCCCAGAUUACAUGGGAUAUUGGACAGGGCUGCCUUGUCCCAUUGCACUCAAGUGUUUCCUUGUGGUUGGCUGGCCUCCUGCAAGCUCACUUGUGGUUGUUGGACAACAUCUACCUCUGCGUGUGUGCAAGAAAUGACCUAUGCUUGUGUAUUAUGUGUGAAUAAGUAGAAUGGCCUGUGAGAUGUGUGUUGUAUGACUUGUUUUGGUCUUCAAUCCACCCAAACCUGCUGAGUUACUGUGUUGAGGCAAGGCCGUGAUUCAAAGUUAGGGAAAAAUGGCCUACGAAAUGUUCUGUAUGUUGGUGUGUGUGUGUGUUUACACCAAUCAGUCAUAACAUUAUGACCACUGACAGUUGAAGUGAAU